AUGUGCACGAAAAGUCUUUCUGUGUUAUUCAGUAAAGAUGUAGAGGAAGGUUAUCCCGAAGAACGGGAUAAUCUGCAGCCAUUGUUAAGCAUUAACAAUUUUCAUGGCGAGAGUAGCCGACCGCAGCCGGACAGGCCUCAGCAGUUAGGUGUCCCAAAUAAAAUGGAGCGUUCGUCUAGUUCAGACAUACCGGAGUUAAAUUUUUAUGAUCAAUCAUCUUCGGUAGCGUCUACACCAGACUUGACACCAGCUGCUGAUAAUGAGGACUUAUGGCCAAAAAAGUGGAGACGCAGCGACCGCCGUCUAAACAGACUAAACACUGAACUUCUAGAAGCGAUCGAAAACCAUGAAAUAGAAGAGAUAGAGAGAUUGCUAAAAGAUGGUGCCAACUCGAAUGCAACAUGUCGCUUGGAUCUAGUUUCUGCAUGUCAUCUAGCCGCACUGACUGGUGGAGAUGCCUUGAGCUUGCUACUCAAGUUCGGAGCCGAGAAGAACCGGCUCGACAGACUCGGACGGACACCUUUACAUCUUGCUGCGUUCGCUGGCAAUGCAAGACAGGUGGCCAUUUUACUGGACUUACCUGAAGAAAUGCAAAAUCGAGUUGAUAGCGACAUGUCAUCAGACGCUGAAGAGGAUGUUAAAAAAAUUAGCCAACUGACCAAGGUUAUGGCAAAUGUACGUAGUGAUCUCGGAGAAAUUAGAAUGCCUUUACCUAAGAAUUGGAUAGACAAUAUAGACCAUGAUUGUCGUGAUAUUAAAUGCACUCUGCCACUUCUGCAACCGGGCUGGACGCCACUGCAUGUAGCAACAUCCUGCGUUCAUGUACAUUGCACACGCUUAUUACUAGCUGCCGGUGCCGACCCAAAUAUAUGUGAUGAAGCUGGACGAAAUGCACUUGACGUUGCUGGAUUAGGAUAUUAUUUUGAUCAGCAAAUAAAUGCAAAACACUUUACCACAAUACUUCAAAUGCUGCUUAAAGCUGGUGUUAUUCCAAAUACAAUGAAGCCUAAUGGUCUUAAUAAUUUAGACACACCUUUACAUACAGCUGUUGAACUAGAAAGUAUUGAAAGCAUAAAUGUAUUAUUGCAAUCCGCUGCAUCUGUUAAAUGCUUAAAUUCAGCCGGAAAAACACCUUUACAUGUAUGCGUCAAGAAGGAAUUGGAAGUACCUUUGCAGAUUUUGGCUAAUUAUAGUUACAAAGAUGCAGAUCCGUUUAUGGCUAUGGUAGAUGUAAAAGACAACGAAGGACACACUGUUCUUCAAGCAGCGGUAGAAGCAGCCUGGGUACCUGGCGUUUGCAUAGCACUGGAGGCUGGCGCUGAUGUAACUAUGAAGGCAAAUGAUGGAGAAACACCAAUUCACUCAGCGGCUGCUCUUGGAAAUUUAGACGUAUUAACAGAAAUUCUUAGCGUAGCCAAACAAAAAGACUUUAUAGAUUGUCAAAAUGAAGAAGGAGAAACGCCUCUAUUUAAAUCUAUUAUUCAUGGGCACCACGAGUGUGUCGCUACUAUGCUUCAAGAGGGCGCUUCUAUAAAAAUAACAUUACCAGGCGAUGUCAAUGUAUUUCAUGUUGCAGCAGAAAAUGGCUUGUUAGAAAUACUAAAGAUUCUUCUUGAGUUCGACGAUGAUAUUACUAAAGUUAUGAUCAAUUCUUUAACUUCUAGUGAUAGACUAGGAUAUGGGCCUAUACAUUUCGCUGUUUUCAAUAAUCACGUUCUAUGUGUAAAACUUCUUUUAUCAAAGAAUGCCGAUGUACGUCUGAGAACCACAAACGCCCCUGCAAAAUCUUCCACUCCUUUACAUAUAGCUGCUUUAAAAAACCACGCAGAAGUAGCUAAAGUUAUACUAAGGUUUGAUAAAACAACUAUUCAUGAAGUUAACUGCAUGGGAUGGUUUCCUCUUCAUACUGCCAGUCACCAUGGCAAUCGUGAAGUAAUAAACCUUUUACUUCAAGAAGGUGCAGAUUUAUCUGGAUAUACUGAUGGUCCUAAGAAAACCAGAAGAACGGCUAUUGACAUGAUAAUAAAUACCCUUUCAAAACCUACAGAGUUUUUGGAAGACGUAUUUGAUUCUUAUAUUUCAACUAACUGUCUUAGUUUCCAGGACUCUAGUUGUGAGAUCAAGAUUGAUUACAGAAUCCUAAUGCCAACCACUUGUGAAAUAGAACAAAUGAAAGAUACGGAAAGAAUUGCGCCUUUUUGGUUAAAUCCAAAUAUUUGGGGAUACAUAGUUUAUGCCACGAUUUUCCUGAUUCUGUGUCAGGAAUUACUUUACAUGAAUGUAAAAAGCAACAGAUACUUUCUACAAGUGGAAACAUGGGUGAAAUUUGGCUCAAUAGGACUUGCAACAAUUUUACCCCCGGCAAUACUGAUAACGCCUUGGUCGUCAGCGGAAUGGCUGCGACAUGUUGCCACAUUAGCUUUGUUAUUAUCGUGGUUGCAACUGAUGUUUUUAUUGUCUAGAUUCCCAAACGGGGGUUACUAUGUCUUAAUGUUUGGAAAAGUCGCAUCAAAUGUUAUUAGGAUUUUAUUCACAUUUGCGUUUUUAAUAAUUGGAUUUACUCUAAGCUUUAUGAUACAAUUUCAUUCUCAUAUACCUUUUGAAGACCCGUGGGCGGCAUUAGUCAAAACUAUGGUUAUGUUGACAUCUGAAUUUGAGUACGAAGCGCUAUUUGACGAAGAACAUUCAAAAGAAUUCGCUAAUUCUCUUAUAAUAGUAAGAGUUAUUUUUUUGAUAUUUCUUAUUUUGGCUGGAAUUGUACUUAUGAAUUUAUUAGUAGGUGUGGCAGUCAAUGAUAUCAACGAUUUGGAAAUAUUAGGUAAUGUAAGGAGGCUAGCAAAACAAGUGGAAUUUCUCAGCAUAUUAGACAGCCUUUUUUAUAAUAAAUUUUUUAGUAAAAUCUUACCAGAUAAUGUAAGUAGGCAAAUAAGAAACAAAAGAAAAGUUAUCGGGAUAAUUGUAUUGUACCCUGGAAAACCACGAUGGAAAAAUAACAAAGUUCUGCCAAAUCAUAUACGAGAUGCGAUUAUGAAUGUAGCUCAGGCGCAGCAAAAACAAAUAGAAGAUGAAUUAGGAAUGAAAAUGUUCAAUAGAAAAUUAAAUGAAAUGUAUGAAAUUAUAACAAAAAAAGAUGACCAACAAAAGGAGAAAUCUCAGUUGGAUAAAACAGAAAAUGCACCUGGUAGGACAAAAGUACGACAUGAAGAAAUUAUAAAACGCCUAAAUAAUUUAAACGACGACAUGACAGAAAUGAAAUGUCAAAUGUGUACAUUUGCUGAAGAUUCUAAAUCACCAGUGGAGAAAAUUAACAUUAAAUUGGAUCAAAUGUCUUUAGAAAUCGAUGAAAUUAAGCAGUUUCUAAUGAGACUUGAAAAAAAACUUGG